AUGGCGCGCUCUCCUUCUCCAGGCCAUAGAAACAAGAGGCGGAGGAUAUCGCUAGAAGAGCCUUCUGCGCCGACCAGCACUGCCAUCGAGAUAUCGUCUCGCCAGCAGCUGCAGGACUUGCUAUUUCCUCAGCAAACUCCCCACGAGGCACACCGAGGGAUCAACGUAUUCAAGGAAUUCCUAACAUCACUCGACCAGUCAGAAGCAGAUCGCGAAACUGCCCGGAAGCUUCAAAUCCUCAAGGAUUACUGUGACUCGCAAACACCCCAGAAAGAAGAUGCCGUGUGUUUCCCAGAUCUCCUUCAAACAUGGAGCCUUGCGGAAAACAACAAUCAUGAGAACCUUCUGGUGAUGGUGCCUUCGGUACUGGCUCUGUUUCUCAAGGCCGUUUCCACCCAACUCGAGUUCCGGGACUUUGGCAUCGCGCUGUGCAAGAGUCUACUGCACAAGGACCAAUUGCGCUUGUUCAACCGCCAUUUGACAGCACCGAAGGCAAAAGAGCAUCUGCUAUCUCCUUGUAUCCGACUGCUUACGGAGGUUGUCAGCUUUGAUGGCGGCGUCGCAGCUCGUCUCGUCCAUGCCAAGCGGGACAUUACCUACAAACGACUGGAACAAUUCUUGACACCCAACAAGAAUCAACUGGAAGAUGACUCGACUCAGUCCAAGAAGAAGUCUACCCUGCGACGAAACGCUAUGCGCUAUGUCUUGGCGAAUAUGCGGUUCUUGCAAGGCCCUGCCAAGAGCGACUUCAUCGAACAGCACAAAAUCAUCCGGGCUUUCUUGGAGUUUAUUCGACGUGAUACCCGCGAUAUUGUAAUAGACGUUAUUAGGGCCAUUGACCGAGACGUCGCUCACGACUCUUCUAUUGCUCGAAUCACCAAGACAAGGUUCUUCAAUAGAUGGAACUUGGAGCGGCUAGUGACUCUCUAUGGAUACGACAAAGAUUUAGACGCCGAAGAAUCAGAUGUUUCGAUUCCGAAUGAGAUACACAAACUUUUGUUACAGAUCUGCACGGUCCCAGAAAUGGGAGUGUUGCUUCCGCAAAACGGCUGGUAUCCGUCGUCGUCAAGGGACUCCGACGCCCCGACGGCCGAGGAUGAGGAUUCUAUUGAUUUGGGCUUGGAUGCCCCGUUUCACCAAGAAAAAUACAAAGAGGCUAUUCCAGUACGAAAUGGAAUUUUAUCGGCGCUCACCCAGGCCCUACGCCCCGAGUCCGACACACUGCAAACAGAAUUGUUACUUGAAGUAUUCAAAUCCGCACCAGAGCUUGUUGCAGAUUUCUUUACCAAAAGAGUCAUGUUUACUGCAGAGCCCAAAGCUACGCCAGCAUGGCUAGGUGAAUCAGCGUUUCUCUUCUCUACCGUUCAAUUGCCAGUUCCUGCCAAAUGUGGCUGGAAAGGGAACUCAGUCGCACUGCCGCCACCAAUUUCCAUUGUAGCCGACAAUAUAUUGCCUCGUCCACUGAGCCAGAAAAUGUUGACGAGAUGUCUGCUUCAGAAUACCGACCCAAUCGUUACGUUGUUUGCUGUUCGCCUUUUGACAGCCGCUUUCCGCAAGCUUCGUGUUGUUCUGAAAAUGUUUGAUAGUGACCAUGGUCGCUCCCAGCCCUUUUGGGAUCAGGCGUUACAGAAACUAGUCUUGGAAUUUUGCGAGCGUUGUCCCUCGAUUAAAGAUGUCAUUCUUACAUUCAAGCGAACACCGAAAGAAGAUAUUAACCAGCAAGAAGCAGUCAUGGAACUGCUCUUCAUGUACCACGACGUGGUCCCAUCAGUUGCGUGCGAGGAGAACUUUGACGUCACCAUCGUCAUGGUCGACAUCCUCAAACAAUUGGAAGAUUCCAGCUUGUCUGAUGAGGAUUCGACUGCAGCCUUGAGCUUAUUACAGAGCACUCUACAUGUCGCGCAUCGCUCGGCAUCCAUGCGCUGGUGGCAACAACCAGCAUCUUUCCAGUUCUCUGCUUUUACAUGCAUCUUGAAAGUCCUAGUUACCACCCCUGACAUGAAUGCUAUGAAACAAAUUCGUGAAUUACUCCAAGUUGUGUUGGUGGAGAAUUCCAUUUUGACGAAUUCGAAUGCUUCAUUUGAUGCCUUGGCACUCAGCCUGAGGGACUCUGAUCCGGACAGCUUGCUUUCACGGCUGCAAUUUCUAGAUAACUGCCUAUGCCGCAUCGCGAAGAAACCGGUCCACUACGAGGACCUGGUUACGUCCUUGCUUGAUGGUCGCGAGGAAGGCUUGAGUGCUCUGGUUGCAACGGUAAACGAGCAAUGGCCUUUUGUGCUCAAAAGUAAAGAUUCAUCGAAAGAGGAAUCCAUCGCCUCCUGGUUAGCCUCGUUGCUUCGACAUCUAAAGGUGGCUGGCGAAGACAAGACUGCACUGAAAACCGUGCGGGACAAUCUUUCUGAGCUUUCAGAGUCGAAGAAGACUCGAUCCAUUUUCAAGAAAGCAUUCAAAGGCGGCGAUGAAACGGAGCAGCAGGACGAGGAAAUGCCUGAUGCUGACGUCAAACAGCAGACACAUGCACAUGCCAAGUCACCGGCUGACCUGCUAGAUAUCUUCGGCAUGCUUCCAGUUGAAAGCAGAAACCAUACGGAGCUGUACAAGUGGGAAAAUGACGAGAUGGACGUCGCCAUCGAGCAGGGGCAGAUCAGAGAUUUGGUGUUGUGUUUGUGCUCAGAAUACGAAGAAAUCCGACGUCAAGCAUUCACAGUUCUCACGCGUCUUAUGGCAAAACUCAAGGAUUCGAAUUACACCGAAUGGAGGUCUAUUUACCUUCUCAUUGGAGAACUCCGCGAGACCGUCAAUGCGUUAGGAUUCGAGACUCCUCUCCCCUAUGUUGCUGGGGAAUUUGGUGCCAGUUGUUUGACGGUGUUGACAAAUCCAUUGCACAAGAUGUAUGGAAAGGUCAACAAAUACCUCCAAAAGCGGCCGUCCUGGGAAACAGAAAAGAUCCCUUCCUACUGGAUUGAUAGAGUAAUACUGCACGAGCCUGAAAAUGACGACGGUUAUCUCGAAGAAGUGAACUGGCUUUUGGACUUGCUUGUCAACGGCCUUCGCACAGCCCAGGAUCUGGAAAUCUACCGCCGGGCAAACGUCUUUGAGCACAUUUUGUCCCUCUACAACACGUCAACGUUGAAUAAGAGUGUGAAAAGCAAGAUCCUGCACCUCCUUUUCCGGGCCACCCAGGUGGGAGGCGGCACGACACUCAUCACGCGCGCUGCAGUGAUGAGCUGGAUGGAGAGUCGCAUAGCAGCCUCGGACUCUGAGACAACCUUGCUGGCAAACUUGGCUCGUGCUGCCUAUGACACGAGUGAUAAGGCUCGAGUCGACGCCUGGAGUGGGCAUGCCGUAUCGCAGGCUCUCUCUCUCUGUGUCUCCCUCAUGGCGCGCCGCUAUGAGAUUGAGGAGCUUCUGUGGCUACGCAAUUCACCGCUAGUCACAAAACCCGACAAAUUACCUCCAAUCGAGGAAUGGAUGGGACCUAUCCCAGACCCGACAACGCGAAAGCCGUCAAAUCCCAAAGACCAACCCCAGAAUGACAACAACAACCAAAACCGAAGACCGAAUCUAUUUGAAACGCGACAUAUCUCCAGAAACUCAACAGAGGACAUCGUCCUAGGACCCCCGAAAACUGCCUUUUCCUCCGCUACUCGACUCUUUGGGAGGGGUUCUAUUGAUGCGACCGAUCGAACUUCUCGUGUCAACGACCCCGACGAAGCAAAAACCGAUCGCUUCAACUUUAAAGACAAAAUCGCCAAAGACAGAGACGACCUCGAAAGACGGGACAAUAAGUUUGUAAGCUUACAGGGCCGUCGCAACGAACGAGAAGAUUGGAAUGCCAGCCGGCCUCGCCGCACAUUCAACCAAGACGAACAAGAUCCAAAAUUCCGGCGCAAUGGCGACGCUACUCGAUGGGAUGGAAAAGACAAACCAGACGAGUCGGGAUUCAACCGGAAAGACAAGGACGGACGCUUUGUCAAACGAGAGGUCCAACCUAGAGGGAGAAACGAGGGGAGCUGGUUCCGGGAGGAAAUUGCACCCGAUACUGGCGAGCUUGAAGAUGAAAAGCCAUACAUGAAAAACAGGGAAUGGCGACGUGGUGACAGACAGGUCCCUGAUCGUGACUGGAAUAACCGCAACCCUCGAUUUGAGCAGGAUCCCGAGUGGAUGGAUUCGACAGACCGUGACGAACCCAGACAAGCCCACACGCAAGAAGACUUUCAGCGCUGGAAAGAGAAGAUGAAAGCCGGCUCGGCUGCGCCGCAAUCACAAUUCGAAGAAAAAGCAGAAGCUGCGCCUGAACAACAUAGUCCUGAACAGCACAAGGCGGAACCAAGUCAUCUGGAUGGUGAAUUAUUUGCAGCAAAUCAGGCUCAUCUACAGAUGGAUGGUGGUGGUCUGGACAACUUCUUUAAGCUGCUACGCGACUCAAAGGCAUCCCAGCAACAACAAGAUGUUUCGCCAGUUGCCCCCGCGGAUACUUUCAAGAAAGAUUCCAUUUCCGCCAAAGCCUCCAAAUCAUCCAGAUUUGCUGGCCUGUUCAGCCCUCCUCCCGACAGUCCGAACAAGCAGCAGCAGCCUGAGCCCGUGCCGGAGAAACAUCGACCUGAUCGGCCUGUGUCCACCGACGCUGACCAAGAAGGCUUCCAGCGCAUCCUUCAGAUGCUUGGAGGCAACAAAUCCCGCGACGGUACUUCUCAACUUGAUAGUACCCAAUCGCCUCGCCCACCGUCUUAUUCACACCUCGACCAAAACCGUCCAACACCACCGCCGCCGCCGGGCUUGUCGUCUCCGUCGAGGGACUUGUUGAAUCGGCAGCAUGAGUUCAUGACCCCCCAAGAAAGCGUCCCCCCUCGCACUGUGUUGCCUCCUCCUGGAAUGGAGUCCAUGAUUCCCCGGGAUCCUCAGGCCCAGUUCCGUGACCGCGACAAUCUUCUCCGUCUGAUGCAGCAGGUCAAAGUAUCCCCCACCGGGCCAGGCCAACAUGGAAAUUUACCACUGCCAUCUCAUAGUGGCCAUACUCCAGGUAUCUUGAAUGUACCGGAUUUGCUGUCUCGACCACAGGGCAUGCAAAAAGCUCCUAGAAAUCAAGCUUUCCUAGAUGAUCCAGCCAUUGCCAACAUGCAGCGACCUGAUGUCGACUUGCACGAACAACCACGACGACCAGUCAAUGGUCCCCCAAUGGGAUACUUUGAAGAAAUGCCGUUUCCCGGUGUUCCUCAAGGUGGACGAGGCCCCGCAGUGCAAGCUGCUGGUGGGAGAACUCAGGGACACCCCCUGCCGAUGGGUAUCCCACGGCCACCUGGAUUUGAACAAAUGCCACCACCUCCCCCGGGAUGGACUGGCCAAAUGCCACCACCACAACAGGGCUCUGGACUACCCACUCCGAACCGAGGCAUAAAUCCAAAUUUCCUCAACGGGCCAGUGCCCAUGCAUGGCGCAAACAUGCCUCCUGGACCACCGCCACCUCCACCCAACGAGCGCCCACCAUUUAUGCGCGGUAUUAGUGGUGGUAAUCCAGGGUCUGGUAACAACUUCGGUCCUCCUCCCGGUAUGAUGCCUCCCCCGGGAUAUAUGAAUGUGAAUGGACCGCAUCCUCCUCCGCCAGCGGGAUUUCCGCCCAUGCCUCCUCAUAACCCGGAGGCUAUGAUGAAUAUGGGAGCUGGAUCAUCGGGACCACAUCCAUCGGCGCGCCAUCCUCUUCUCGACAUGAUGGCCCAGGUCAAUAGAGGAGGUGAUGGCCGAGGAGGCGCAAUGCUCAGUGGCCCGCCAUUCCGCUAG